AUGGACGUGCACAAACGCGUUGCAAAAGCGUUUCGAGUCACUGUCGCCAUACUUGUCGCGCUCGGCAUACUUGGACGGUGCCCAUGCUUUGCCCAUAACGAGGGACACCCGGAAGCCGAGGGCUCCCAGGUAGUUCACGACUGCGACCCGGAGGUCUCCCCCCAGGAACAGCCGAAGGUGGUGACUCUGCCACCUAGCGUUGAGAGCCUGAAAUUCAAGUGUGGGAAAAAACAAGAAGCGAAGCUGACGCCAAGCGAACCCAACACGUUCUUUCUGACAAAGCAGUGCCACUCCCCCCCAGUUUCCCUCAACGAAGUCUGCGGCGGCGCCACUCUAUCUCCCUCCGAAGGCCAGAAGCCCACGAUUUACACUCUCAACGUAAAUUCGCAAGGACGCACGAAGAGGUCUCUGUUCUUCAAAUGCUUGGCCGCCGCAUCAGAAGACGAGCUGGCGGCGGUUGCGCAGGAUCCUAGUCUCAGUGAGCCCAUACCAAGCAAGCAGCCGCAAAGCUGCAUUUUGCAAGUUGAUGUUGAGACAGAAGACGCUCCUCAACCCGAGACGGAGCAUGGUCCAAACGACACCACAACGGGCGACCAUUCUGAGCAGGGCGGCGGCUCCGCGGAGAAGCCGGACUCAAGCGCCAUCCAGACCUGCAACCCGAAUGACAACGAUGGAUCACAAAUAGAACUCACGCUGCCUCCGCAAGAGCCCAGUGUCAUGUUCAGCUGUGGAAAGGAACACGGUGGGGCCUUGCAGCCGGAGGUCCUGGCUCAGUCUUUCUGUGUUGAUGCAGCAUGCGACACGCAACAAGCCCUGUCUGUGAUGUCCGAGGGCGUGAAGUUGCAUGAGGAUGUAGUUGGGCAAGAGAGCAUAUACACGCUUACUGUUGGCCCCAAACCGACCGUCGACCACGACAUUUUCUUCCUCUGCACCCUUCCGAAGACUUCAGAGAAACCGGCAAGUCUGAGAGAUCCGGGCGUGACGGGGAAUGUCAAGAAGUGCACUGUGAAGAUAACUGUUCAGGGAGCAGAGACGUCCACGGCUGCGAUCGUACUACGGGCUGUCGAUGUGCUUCUGAUAAUAGGAGCGGGAGUCGCCUCUCGGAUAUAG